AUGUCUGACGACGCUGACGUUUCGGCCUCCAUCAACGAGCUCUCUCUCACAAGCAACAAGGAACCAACUCAAACCAAAAAGCCCGCAUCAAAGAAAAAGGCCAAGAAAGUCGUGGCAGACUCAUGGGAGGAUGAAGACGUCUCCGACUCCGAGCCCGAAGCAGAGUCUGACAAGGCUGAUGAGCUGACGCCCAGCACAACGCCUGCACCACCACCUCCGACUCCCAUGUCACCCGUUGGAGGGUCAGCGUGGACACCUCCAGAGGAUGCGCCCGGUCCUAGAGCCGCCGGAGAAUCAGCCAAGCGACCCGAGAAGACGGACGCUGUGGCCCGACGGAUGAUCGCUGCCGGGCUGGGCCUCAAGGCGCCCAAGCAGACCGAGGAGCAGCGGGCUUAUCAGAAGAGCAUCCGUGAGCAGGAGAAGAAGAAGCGGGAGCAGGAGCGCGAACAAGAGAAGAAGCGACAAGAGGAGGCUGACAAGGCAAAGGCUGCUAUCUGGGAUGACUAG